AUGUCUGGUCACAACCUACACAAUGCUCUCCUCCGGCCUCCAAUCAUCCAAAUCCUUCGAGCGCAGGGCUUCCAUUCCACACGUCCUUCAGUUCUCGAAUCCAUUACUGAUCUAACGGCCCGAUACAUCAUGCUUCUCGCCUCAUCAGCUGCCGCGCACGCGGCCAACGCCCACCCCGAAGAUCCCGUUCCGGAGCUCGAAGACAUCUACCAAGCACUCCAGGAUGCCGGCGCGUUACGACCACAACUACGAGAGUGGGAGGAGGAUUGGGCCGGAGAAGAGGAUCUGCGCGGCUUGGACUCUCUCCUUGGGUGGAUCACCGGACCAACGCAUCGCGAGAUUCGUCGCAUCGCCGGCUUCGUCCCCAGUGAAGGCGAUAUGGUGGAUCCAGACGCGAUCGAAAAGGAAGAUUACCUAACGGCCUUGAAGAAAAAACACAGCAAGACGGGUGAGGAGACGCGCUACGCGGGCACAGUGCUAGGCAAGAGUGGCGAGCAGCACCCCAUCGAGAUCGCAGGUGGUUUCCCUAGCAUUCGUGACUGGGCUGCGGAUGCCCGCAAUCGAAAGUCCGAUCGCGCUGCAAGUGACAGCUCAGGCAUCAGCAGCGCCCCCAGCCAACUCUCUGAUGACGCGAUGGAGAGUUGA